GAUGGUGAGGUGGGCGGAGGAUCUGGCGAGACGUGGAGGGAGGAGAGCCGUUGAUCCGAAGGUCGGGAGUUGGAGGAUGGAGGUGAGGAAGUUUUCGAAGAGCUACUGUCAGUUGUUGGAGGUGAUGAUGGAGCAUGCCCAGAUGGAGGAGAGGGUCCUUUUUCCCAUCUUUGAUAGUGCCGAUCGAGCCCACUAGGUGUAUAUACAGUGUGAGACGGCAACAGAAUAUGCCCUUGCAUGAUAGGAUCAUCCCGUAUUUAGAGAGGGCUGGAUUGUACCAUUUGGCCAGGCUAAACAGCGAAUGGUUCUGGUUGGAUGAGCCAUUGGUUAGUGCGUUCGUUGAGAGGUGGCGUCCUGAGACGCAUACGUUCCACCUGUCUUUCGGAGAAUGCACAGUGACAUUGCAGGAUGUGGCAUUCCAGCUAGGGCUGCCUGUGGAUGGUGAGGCUGUGAGUGGUUGCCUUGGUGAGUUUGAGACAUACAUGGAGGGUGGCCGACCAGCUUGGGAGUGGUUUGAGGACCUAUUUGGUGAGCGCCCUCCACCGAAUAAGGUCAAGCAGAUGACAGUACACUUUACAUGGUUUCGCGAUAGGUUUAGGGUGCUACCAGCAGAUGCGAGCGAGGAGACUGUCCGCAUCUACGCACGGGCCUACAUCAUGAUGCUGUUAUCGACUCAGUUAUUUGGGGACAAGAGUGCGAACCGGGUACAUAUACGGUGGUUGCCAUUUGUGGCAAACCUUGAUGACAUGGGGAGGUAUAGCUGGGGGUCGGCCGCUCUGGCAUGGCUAUACCGAUGCAUGUGUCGGGUAGCGAACAAAAAUGUGACUAAUCUUGCGGGCCUGCUCCAGUUGCUACAGAGUUGGAUAUUCUGGCGGUUUCCGUCUUUGAGGCCGGAAGGGUUUGAGGCUUUCUCUUUCCCGCUGGCAUCCAGGUGGUCUGCCUACUUACCUCCUAACGAUGGAAAGGAGCAGAGAGUCAUAAGGUAUCGGCUUGCAUUGGAUCGGUUGACCGCUCGUGAUAUUGUAUGGGAGCCCUACUCCGCACUUGAUGUACUUGCCGUUGUCCAUCCAGAGAUACUUAUAGAGGAGCAUAGUCGCCUAUGGCGAGCGGUGACCAGUUUGAUAUACUUUGCGGUCAUCGAGUGGCAUCAGGUUGACAGGGUUGUUCCACAGCUGGGUGGAGUACAGCAUAUCCCCGAGGACGCUUUGAACGUAGACUGGCUGCAUGCUAAGGACGGGAGGGGAGGGGAUAGGUGGUUCUCCUAUUACUAUCAGGUUUGGCAUUUGCACUGGGGGAACCGAGUUGAUGCAGUCAUUUCCAUUGAUCGAGUGGCACAUCCUGGCCCAUCUGCUGAUUACCUAGAUUGGUGGUUCCGCGAGGCUCAGCGGUUCCUUAGUCCGGGGGCUGCAUUCACGGAUCCCAGAGGCACCCAGAUACCUCCAGAGGCGUUUCAGAGAGGAUCCUCCCAGGUCCCACGCAGAUUACAGCUACCUGAUAUGCCGGAUAACCGUUGUGUGGAGAGACGCCGUCGUGUUGGUACUAGGGACACUGGGAGAGAGUGGCGAUGGUUACAUGAUGCGAUGCAGGAGGAUGAUGCAGGCGGAGAGGCUAGGGAUGAGGUCGAUCACCGUGUUCAUAGGUCUAGUGCCAGACGCGGGAGAACAGUGGAUCCUACACAGUUUGGUGGUGGAGUUAGUGGGACCGCAGCGACUCAGGCUGGAGGGGGGACAUUCACCAGCAGAUCUUACUCUCCGAUGCCAGAGCCAGCUCUCACAUGUAUGCGCCGCCUGAGACGCCUACGAUGACUAUGGAUUUAGAUGAUCAGCU